AUGGCACCAGCUAAUAUCAUUCCAACGACUCGACAAGGUUCUGCAGGACAUACGACAACUCAUACAAAUCUACCAGAUGACCGCGAAGUUUUCAAAGUUUUACAUGACUGUAUGAAAGAUGUAGCCAAAUUUCGACAAUAUGUUUACUACCUUGGCACAUCGUGUGAUACAACGAAGCUCCGAAAUAAAAUUCAAAAGUUAAAAGAACGUAUUCACUGUAGUUUUUAUCAUCAACGUGAAGUGCUUGGCAGUAAUGUUGCCGUAGCUGGAUCAACUAAAAGUGAACUUACCGUGCGACGCUUCGAGAAAUGUUUGUGUUUCACCUUAGCGUCUCUCAGCUAUUACGAAGAUUUGCUUCAUAAGUUUUCCAUUUUACUCGUUUAUUUUCCAGUAGCGACCGGAGAUAGGGAAAAUGUUGUUAAUUUGGGUUUUGAAGAUUCCACAAUCGCCGCCGACGAAGUCUCUUACGAACAUCAUGAAGCAGAAGAAAACGAAACGAAUCGUUACAUUGAAUUAUUGAAUCAAAUUCAAUAUAUUCAAACACUUCGUGAUGAAAUUGAACACAUUGACGUCUAUCAAUUGCGACAUCAUGCCACAUCCUACUCCAAAGAAUUCAUUGAAAAUAUGCAUAAAUACACCACAGAUCUGAUCACCGAGAGAAGUCUCGAAGGGCACCGAUCGACCCUUCGUCACUAUUUAAGUGAUAGCAGCUCAUCUAUAAUUCAUUUUCACAUUGACAUCCAGAUUGUCAUAUCAAUAGUGAUGAUCGAGGGACACCUCUACUUCUUUCCCUUGUCUGUUUGUGUUCUCAUUCCAUGUGCAUAUGUGAUUUCUUUCGCCUUCGCAAUCUAUCUUGGUCAUUCGAAAUUUGAAUUUCCAUAUGUAAGUCAAUUAUCAAGUCAAUCACCAGAAUCAUGUAUUUAUUCGCAACUGAUCAAUGUCGCUUCCUUUCUUCUUCUCAUUACAAUCUACAUUCGGUAUCGCCAAAUUGCUGAACUCAUUCGGAAUAAUCCGACAUGCGGAAGAAAAUAUUCUCGAUUCAACGUCACUUUUCUCGUCUGUGGACUUAUCGCUGCAUUCAGUUUAAGCAUUACUUGCAAUUUUCCUAACUCCAACGUUCAUUCGAUUCGUCUCGUGGCAAUGCACGCAACAUUUCUAGCAAGUGUUGGAGCUCUGUAUUGUGAAAUGCUUUUAUCACUUUGGAUCCGGCCAUUAUUGUAUUCAAGUCGAAUAUUACCGAUCGUUCGAAGUCUAAUAACAAUCGUCUGUACUUUGACACUCAUCAUAUUCCUCAUCGUUCAAGCAAUCGUUCUUUUCAAAUAUCAUCAGGAAAACAGCCUUUGGUUGCCCACGACCCAAGGUUGGAAUUAUCACUUAAUUACGAUUGUUUCGACGUGGAUUUUAACCAUUUGUCUUCUCUCGUAUCUCUCCACAUUAAUAAUCGAUUUUCAUCGAAUCAAAAUUAUUUCACCGAAGAUUUUUCUCGCGAAUGAUAUCAUCGAUGAACAACAUAACCUCUCCCUAUCAAUCUGA